AUGGCGGACGGGGGUCAUCCCCCAAAUCCCGAUCAGAGUAGCACUUCUUGCAACCGCAACCGCAACCGCAUGCGCCACGAACAGCACAGUCGCAGCGCAGCGCAGAGCAGCGGCGGCACCGUGCUGGCCUUGCGUUCCCUGAAUCAGAAUCAGACCGAGAGGGAAGAGUCGAGCGCUGCUUGCUGGCUGCCUUCACUUUCACUCCACCUUCUUUCAUUCUCCCGUAGCAAUUCCUACAUGUACGAUUCGGUAAUUGAUUGA